ACUUUUCUUUCCUCAUGUAUCUUUUUUUUCAAUAGAAAUAUAAAAACUAAACAAUGUUUAAAACUAAACAAACUCUAUUAAAAGAGAAUCUCAUAUUUUUCUCCUUUAACUUCUCUUUUUAAAUGCACAGAUUAUUUCAUGCCGCUUCAAUCAAUAUAAAGGAAACAAUAUAAAGUUGUCACUGGUGCUGUGUAUGCAACGGAUCACCUUUCUCUGCCAUUUCUUUCGUCCAGUUCGACGCAAACUUGGCGAUAUAUAUCUUCGUGGAAACGCCGUGAAGAAAGGCACCAUCGAACGAACGCAGAUAAGAUUCAAAGACCCAAUCUGUCUCAGUCAGCAGUUGCUUAACGGACACUUGGUGUAGGAUGAACGGCGGCGAGCAUUAUGCGCAAGUUACCGCGGUUCAUAUUCGUUCUGCUUACCGGUACGACGGUUGCAAUCUUCUGCAUGUUUUUACUGUCUCAGAGUUUCCUCGACAGAAGGUUCCUCGCAUCGCGAAAAGAACACGUGUCCAUAAGAGGGGAAAAAGAAGAAGAUAAAAAAUCUAUCUCUGACUCAGGAUUACCUAAUGCGCGAGAACAGUUCGCAAGGAUGGCAUCCUUGGAUGCACAUCUACUGAGCAGAGGCUUCACGGAUGAACAGGUAAGGAAUAUAUCUGUUCUCGGAAAAUGGUUGUUGGCACCAGAAGGGAGUUCACCUCUACAGUCAAACAUUAGCAAUAAAACCUAUUUAAUCCUAAUUUGGAAGUACGGGCAAUUUCUAGAACGCAGACACAUCAAGCGUUUCACAUCCACCAAAUUUUCACCAUGGGAUCAAUGUUCAGUGCAGAAUUGUAUACUGAGUUACGACGAGAAGGAUCUGCAGCGAGCAGAUGCUGUGGUGUUUCAUUUGCAUUUCACGAAAAGUUCGUCCGAGUUACCGGCAAGAAGCCGGGCGGAUCAACGAUGGGUCUUCCUGACAGAUGAAUCACCCUUUCACACGUUCUUGUAUGGCCAUCAGAGUCUGUCGAACUACGACGGUCUAUUCAAUUGGUCAAUGUCUUACAGAAUGGAUAGCGAUGUGCCGGUUCCUUAUGGAAGAACCAUAAGAGUUUCUAAUAACAUUUCGACCAAAUCCUGGCGUACUAUCUUGAAAGCAUCCAAGACCAAGUUGGCCGCUAUAAUGGGCAGCAAUUGCGGCAGUCGUAACGGACGGUGGGUCUACGUAAAGGCGCUCAAGUCGUCCCUCCGUGGAGACUUGGAUAUCCUUGGAAGAUGCCUGGACGGCAACAGGACCAUCUGUCCAGGUCAUUUCGACCGGGACUGCGCCGCCCUGGGUGCAUACAAGUUCUAUCUGUCGUUCGAGAACUCCAAUUGCCGGGAGUACCUGACGGAGAAAGUGUUUUGGAACGCGUACCAUAAAUUCGCGAUCCCGAUAAUAAUGGGAGCAUCGCGACAGGACUGCCAACAAUUGUUACCGCCGCGCUCCUUCCUUCACACGGACGAUUUUGCGAGCGUGAACGCGCUCGCCGACUACCUCAGAUAUCUGGACCACGACGAUGAGCGUUAUCUCAGGUAUCACGAGUGGCGCGAUCAUUACCGAGUGAUUAAUGAACACGGCUAUUUUGGCAGCGUCUCUAGGCAUUACUGUCGCCUAUGUGAAGCGUUGCACUACAAUCCUACUAAGCCAAAGGUCUACACGAGGCUUGAGCACUUUUGGAGUAAGGAGAAAGAUUGCACCCCAGCGAGUGCUUAGUCGUCGUUUUUUAUAUAAUCAUCUAGUCUUCGUGAAGCGGAUUAAUAUAGACAAUUUUUUAUAGCUUUUCGGGAACUUUAGCAAUUCAGAAUGGUUUAAUUCGAAAAUCGAAUUUUUUAGAUUAUUUUAGUUAUAAAGAUUACGGAAAAAAACACAUUAAUA